AUGCAAACCUUUCGAAGAAUCACAGCAACAGCAAAACAAUUCACAUCAAAUCUCCGAUUACAAUCUACCACCCAACUCCCAACAACACUCCGUCAAUUUUCGAGCCGCAAUCCCCGGAGCGGCGAAGACGAAUGGAACGAAGCGUGGGAAUCCGCGUGGCUACCACAAGACCUAACACCGAAGACGCGAGCUCCAUGGGAGGGUGACGUGAACUUCACUACAGAAGCGGACGCGGAAACGAAGGUGUUCGUUGAGGAAAUGAACGAGAAUUGGAACGAUAGGAGAAAAGGUUCCAAGAAGGAGAAUAGUGAGAAAGGUGAAGAAAACGGUGCGCUUUAUAGUUUGGAGAAUAUUAAGAAGGAUUAUAGGUUGAAGAAGCAGAAGUUGCAUGCUGGUCUUUGGACUAAGGAGAUUGAGAAACUGGAAGAAGCUAAAUUGGGGGAUUCUGAUGUUCCUGCUGGUGAUGAUGAUAUUCAGAGAUUGCUUAAUAGCUGCUCUGACAUCUUUGACUCCGGCAACAAUGAUCUGAACAACGCAAAAAUUCCAACUUCUGAAUUCAAAAACAUGCCUGAUGGGUGGGAAACGAUAUCCAAAAAUCAAGAUGGAAAUAUAUGGGAGAUGUCCCAGAGAGAAGAAGAUAUACUUAUGCAGGAAUUUGAGAGACGAAUUGCUUACAGCAAAUUUCAGAUUGCUAGUUUUAUCAAGACUCACAUAUUUAGCCGGAGGAGGCCAAUUGAUGGGUGGAAAUACAUGAUAGAAGUGGUAGGACCAAAUGCUAAAAGAGGGAAGGGAAGUGUUUCUAGAGUUCCCAGUCUCUCUGAUCCCUCUACCCAACCAUUCAGAGAGGAGAAAACUCCAGCUGAUAAGAAUCACAUUCCCCUUGGGAGGAGAUAG